AGACAUUUCUAGAUCUUGAGAGAGGAGAGAGACGCAUAGAGAAAGAUGAGGCCGACGCAGAUGGAGUUGUUGGCGGAGAUGGACGAGCAGGGAGGGAGCAUGGCGAUGGAUGUGGACGAUAUCGACCCAAUCGAGGUCUUCGGUGAGGGCUUCUUCCCCAUGGACAGCAAGCUUACCGACGCCGACUUCUUCAACUCCUUUGAAGACGAUUUCGAUGACUCCGACAUCAACUGAUCCAGUCUUCAUGUUCGUAAUACAACAACUGAUCCAACCUUCCAUUCCUUUUGUUUUUGCUUGUCUAUAAUCGGCGCACUGUUAUGGUUCUCGAUUGAUAUAUAAUUGUGGAAUAUAAGUAGACUUGCCACAUAUUGGGAACCCUAAGUGAUUCUUCUCUUAUGAAUAUCAAGUUCCUUUUGCCUUAGUUGAAUUACAAGAUUAUGUUCUUUU